AUGGAGGAGCUCCAGGAGCUCGAUGAGCACGAGGAGCUAGAGUAUUUUGGCGAGGCAGAGGAGGCGGAGGAAGCAUCUCCGCUUCUGGCUCCGAGUCACCGGGACGAGGUCGCACUCUCCAGCAUGCCUGAGAAGAAAGGCAAAGUGCGGAACGCCCACCUGGUGGAGCCUCCUCUGCCCGAAGGCAUUCAAGGCUACACGCCCGGCGAAGGCUACGGCUCGAAUGCAAUCCCCUUUGCUGGAGUCUCGCCCAAGACGUCAAAGCGUCGCAACGAAAGCAACAGGAUGAAGGCCAUCGAGAUGCUGAAGCAAGCUAAGGAAGUUGCAGACCGAAAGAAGGAGGCUGAUGUCGUUGAUGGUGCCACGUCGUUUGGGGGCUGGGGCUUCCGCCUGCUUGAUCUUUCUGCUGUGACUAGCAAGCUGACGGAAGCGGAAAAGGCAGUUGUUUGCACCGAAAUGGAAAAGGGGCUCCCGCUGUGCAUGUCGCGCUGUGGGUGUCAUGACGAAGAGGCAAAGAACAUCGGCAGCAUCGUAGAGCUCGAGGUAGACGACGACCAGCUGAAUCUGCCACCGCCCGCGAUGCCAGCGCCGGCGUCACCAGCCUUCCGGGCACCGCCCGCAGAAGUUCGGGGCCCGACGGCCUCUGAGCUGGCAGGCUCCGCCACGCCGACGGGCCUGAUAGAAAUGGGCAACUGCAUCAAUUCCAAGGUUUCACUAGAGACAAAGGUGGACCCCUCUCUGACUCUGCUGUAUCAGAUGUGGGCCCUUGUGUCUGAACGCAAUUCUGUGCUGACUGGCUCCAUGUCCAAGACUGGAUUUAAUGAUUGUUUCUUGGGUCUCUUGCGCGUGGACGCCUCUCUCGAUGGCCCCUCGCCGCGAGAUCUCACUGACUUCUUUAAUGCGAUGCUGCCUGAGAAGAGUUUUAAGCCCUACCACUCGAAGACAGUUCCUCGAUCUGCAAAUCUUGAGGCGGCUUCUCAGGCUCCCCAUGCACCUGUGACGACUCUGAUGCUGAGAAAUAUUCCCAACAAGUUCACGCAAAAUUCCUUGAUGCAGGAGAUCAGUGAACGUGGCUUUCAGGGCACCUACGACUUCUUUUACCUCCCCAUGGACGUGCACAACAGAAGCAAUGUUGCCUAUGCCUUCUUGAACUUCCUCUCCCCUGAAGAGGCCGAGAGAUUCCGAAGUGAAUUUCAUGGUCGGCAAUUUCAAAGAUUCAGGAGUCGCAAGGUAGCGGCUGUGUCCAACGCUCAUCUACAAGGCCUGCAAGCCAACCUGCAGCAUUUCGAGCACAGAGUCGUUAUGCUGUCAAGGAAUGACCAGUAUCGACCCAUUGUCUUCCGUAAUGGCCGUCGAGUCAAAUUCGAGGACGCUCUUCAAGAGGCGAGAGAGCUUGGAUCGAGCGUUGAAGGCACGAGAUGUGCAGACAACGUGAGGUCCGGUCAAGCACAGCAACAUCGUCCAUUGCGACAUCCGUAG